AUGCGGAGAACAUUCGAGUCGUUUGUCGAUUUCGACCCCCAUCCGACCAGGAGCUGUCUCAAGUCCGAAAGCGGGAAGACCCAGAACUUCACCUUCAACCGAGCGUUCGGCGAGUACGCGCUCCAAGAAGAGGUCUACGAGUACGCCGCACAGCCCAUGGUGGAAGAUGUGUUGAACGGGUUCAGCGCUGCCAUCAUUGCCUACGGCCAAACGGGUGCGGGGAAAACAUACACAAUGCAGGGCCCGGGUUUUGAUGAUCCCAAGCUGCACGAGCUGGGCUACGAUGAGGGAAUGAAGGGCAUCAUCCCGCGGGUCAUGGAGGAGAUCUUCUUUCAGGUGGCCCAGGCCCCGCCGCACAUACAAAUCGACGUCUGCGCCUCCUACCUCGAGAUCUACAUGGAAAAGACACGGGACUUGCUCGCUCCGCACAGGCAGCUGGAGAUAUUGGACCAGCCCGGUGGCGGCGUGAUUGUGACGGGCGCCGAGGUGCUGACGAUGCUGUCGAGCAACGAGAUCAUCGCGACCAUGCAGCGCGGCGCGCGCAACCGCAUGGUGGCCUCGACCAAGUCGAACGACGAGAGCUCGCGCGGACACGCCAUAUUCCUCAUCACCGUCACCAAGCACGACGCCGUCAACCAGCUCACCCAGAAGGCACAGCUGUACCUCGUCGACCUGGCCGGCUCCGAAAAGGCCGACAAGACCGGUGCUGAGGGCCUGCGUCUGGACGAGGCCAAGAAGAUCAAUCAGUCGCUGCUGGCGCUCGGUAACGUCAUCUCGGCGCUGAGUUCGGGCGACAAGCGACACGUGCCCUACCGAAACAGCAAGCUCACGCGGCUGCUCAAGAACAGUUUGGGUGGCAACGCGCGGACGACGCUCAUCGUCAACUGCUCGCCGAACAGCGUAAACGCCCUCGAGACCCUCUCCACCCUUCGCUUCGGCGACCGGGCGAGCCGGAUCAAGAACAAGCCGGUGGUCAACCAGCACCGCUCGGUGGAGGUGCUGGAGGCUCUGCUCAAAGAGUCGGAGCGGAAGAACGAAGAGCAGGCCCGAUUCAUUCAGUACUUGCAGGCCGAGCUGGAGCGGCUGAGCAACAACAACAACAACAGCGCGUCGGGCUCUGCGGCAGAUCACCCGGCCGGCGACCGAGGCCAGUCGCAGGAGCAGCCCGCCGUGUUGAGGGGCGGGGGCAAGGGCAAGGGCAAAGAGAAGCUGCACGACGAGUGCGACGGCCUGCUCUACGUCGACGCAGACAAGGAGAACCGGGUGCCCACCACCACCACCCCUGUCGGGCCGCCGCCGCCAGCGAGCUACGACAGCGCCCACCACCAGGCGGAGGGGGAGGAGUCAGCGCGCAAGGAGCAGCACGACGAGCGGGUGGCCCAGAUCACGCCGCUGACGAGGCGGCCGGUCAUUCAUGGGAAUGUGAACCACCGACACCGGCAGGAGAUGCUGCACUACGUGUGCCCGCUCACGCGCGGCAUCUUCAAGGACCCGGUGUUCUGCGCCGACGGACACACCUACGAACGGCAGGCCAUCAAGCUCUACCUAAAGGGGUACCACCGAUCGCCGCUCACAGGUCAGCGAUUGGACCACAAGAAGCUCACGCCCAACUACCACCUGCGGAAGCUGCUGGCGGCAAAGCGGGACUGCGACCCGGUCUUCUCGACGGUCAACUUCUUCGCGGUGCUGCCCUACGAGCUGCUGUGCCUCAUCUUCAGCCAGCUCGAUGCCGUGUCCCUUGGCCGAAGCAUGAUGGUAUGUCGCAUGUUCGAGGAAGUGCUCCGAGACGAUGUGUUCUGGCGACAGAUGUUGGUGCGCGACGCGCCGGACAAGGAGGCCAACAAGAACGAUCCACGACCACGCGAGCGCUACGUCAAGCUCUUCCUCGACCGCCGCGCCGCGCUCCGGCAGGCCAAACGCCUGACCACCGCCGCCGUUUUGCCGCUGGGCCACACCGGUGCCCUCACCCUCUUUCGCACAUGA